GGAAGAGUGAAUUUGGAAAAGUCAUUUUGCUCUGCUCAUCCCAGUGUCAAGAUAUCCGUUGCACAAAAUGAAGACUUUGUAUCAGCUCGCCUUGGAAGCAGUCCCUAACAAGGGUUUAAUGGCCGAUACGUUUCUCGUGCCUUGUCAUCCGAUCGCCAAAGAACUUCAAGCCCAGCAGUACAUCGAAGACAGAAAUAAGUAUAGAGAACAACACCGCGUCAAUUUCAGUUUCGUCUACGCAGAUUUGUGUUUUAUCCAAGCCUUCUUUUCAAACUCAAACUUUUACCCGAGCGAUGUUACGUUUUUAAAUCGAUUGUGGAAACAAAUCGACGAUUUACUUUAGUUCAUGUUCCGUUUUAGGCCUAUUCUGAAAUCCCUGUUUUGGACUAGAGAUUGCACAUGGUUAAGUAUGAAGACCAAAUGUUGUAUGAUUGAACUGUAAAAACGUGUUUUUAAACGCGCUUGUUGAUGUUUUAUUUUAGAAAUUGUUUGAAUCAGUUGAAACAGCGAAGAUGGGCCAUGUAUUGUCAUAAAACAGAAUGGAUUCCCAUGAAUGCAAAGAUUCCUAAGUGUUUCCAAUGUAAAAGAAUUGGGACAACACAGUAAACAUUAGACGGUUUACGUUUGCAAAGGCAAAAGAAAUUUGUUGAUAAAAAUGAAGAGGCUCGUUUAAUUCGCCGUUUUUACUAUACGCCAAUUCGUAGACGCUUAGAAUUUAUGUACGGUUUUGUUUCUCUUUAGCAAAUGUUUGCGACAAAUCAAGAAGCGUCAUUUUUGUAGAUCGGCCCAAUGGCUUUCGUUUCAUGAAGGAGUCUGUUCACAGUGUCUCAGAAUUGGAGUUGAUUGUUUGACUGUGACGGGUCAAAUGAGAUAUGACCGUUACGAAAGAGUUAAUUUUGAAAUGGAACGGCGCAAAAUCUUUAAGCUAUAUAGGGGUACAGGAAUUUUAAGAAGACGUCAGGCACUUGAACACAGAGUAAUCCAAUCUUUGGGUCUUUUUUAGAAAAGUGAUGCAAGGUAUCCGUUUUUCGCCGCUAAAUCCUUUUACAGAGUGGAUCGAAAUCAAUAGGCAGACCACUGAUUUUCGUAUUACAAUUUUAAAUGUAACGAUCGAUGAUGUAAAGCUUGUGGACAAUCCUUUUUUUCCUGCUAUUCAAACAAUGAUUGAACGUUUUGAGCGAACCUACGCACACUUAAAGUUAGAAUUUGCCUGGUUCUUUCGAGAUUAUCAAGUUAACUUUGUUGGACCAGAUUCAUUAGGGAUCUGAUAUGUUCCAGUUUGUAAAUAAGAAAAAAGUGCUUUGAAAAGGACUUAGCCGACUUGCGGUUGAAUACGUUCCUCUCAUUGCAUUUACUAAGAAAGUUAUUGUACCGUUUUACCGAAGGGAGGUAAAAUGUAAAUAAAGUUAAGUUUGCGUGUAAUUUGCUUGUGUCUUUGGGAAAAAGAAAAUGAACUGAGAUUGUCAAAUGAACGCUCAGGCUGGGGAGGGAUUUUCUUAAAACUAAAUGAACUGAGAUUGUCGAAUGAACGCUCAGGGAAAAAAGAACAAAGAGUAAAGCUGACUCAGCCAAAAAUUAAUUAGAAUUGACUCGGUCAAAAAUUAAUUACAACAACGAACAAAGAGUAAAGCUGACUCAGCCAAAAAUGAAUUAGAAAAACGAACAAAGAAUUAUUAUAGAAGGGCUCAGUUAAUUAGAAAAAAUGGGACUAAAAUCUUAUCACCGGCAAUAGGAGACUCAUGGUCUUGGUUUUGAUGACUGGUCUGCCGAGUUUCUCUGCUGGCCUGGCCCUCACCCACUUACUCACAUAGGUGUUACUCACUCAUUCACUCACAUAGGUGUUGCUCACUCACUCACUCAGGAUAGGUUUCCGGUUCCUCUUGACCAAACAAUUUGAACCAAAAGCAGGCGCAAAACAUCGACAUAAAACAUUUACAAUAUUCACGAGAACUAUUUCUCAGGAAGCAGCUGGCUGACAGAGAAGGAACAACUCUUAGUUUGAGUUCGCAUGUUUGAGAAAACCUUUAUUCACUUUUUGACAUCAUGGCUUUUAAUACCAACGUUGAUGAGCUUCAAGCUCUUUAGGAUGCCUGUUCCUUAACCCAAGAAUUGGAACUUUUGAUCCAGUCUAUUUUGAUACCCGAUGAGUGGAUCCCAAUAGUGUAUGCUCGGCUGACGGAACUCACCGCCCAAGAGAUACCAGUAAGUAUUCUGCUCCAUCCUAGUUCUUCGCUGAUUUUUUUUUAUUGUUGUUUUAGUUUCCACGUUACUGAAGCGAGUGUACAUUAAUCUUUACUUAAAGUUCUACUCCACAGAUUGAAACAAACCAGGACAAUAGGAGCUAUCAAGCCAACGAAUUUUAUCAGCGCAAGAAUUUCGUAAGCAUAUUUUGCCUGAAGUUUAUGUCAGUUUAAGUUUAAAUAGAAAGUUGAUCUGUAGUCUUUCUCAUUUACUAUAGAUGCCAGGGGAUGUUAACGCGGGUGUUGAAGUCAACGGGUUA